GUCUGUUUGGUUUCUUAUUGUGAGGAUCACCUCCAACCUCACUAUGAUUCUCCCAAUUUUAAAAAGCACAAGCUGGUGGAUCCGUCCAAGACUCUCCAGGAGAACAUCUGCUCUCGUCAUGAUGAGGUGAUGAAGAUCUUCUGUCGUACUGAUCAGCAGUGUAUCUGUUAUCUCUGCACUAUGGAUGAACAUAAAGGCCAUGAAACAGUCCCAGCUGCAGCAGAAAGAGCUGAGAAGCAGAAGAAGCUCCAGGAGAGUCGACAACAAAUCCAUCAGAGAAUCCAGGACCAAGAGAAAGAUGUGAAGCUGCUUCAACAGGAGGUGGAGGCCAUCAAUCACUCUGCUGAUAAAACAGUGGAGGACAGUGAGAAGAUCUUCACUAAGCUGAUCCGUCUCCUCCAGGAAAGAAGCUCUGAUGUGAAGCAGCAGAUCAGAUCCCAGCAGGAAACUGAAGUGAGUCGAGUCAAAGAUGUUCAGGAGAAGCUGGAGCAGGAGAUCACUGAGCUGAAGAGGAAAGACGCUGAGCAGGAACAGCUCUCACACACAGAGCAUCACCCCCAGUUUCUCCUCAACUACCCCUCACUGCCAGCACUCAGGGAGUCGACACACUCAUCCAGCAUCAACAUCCGUCCUCUGAGAUACUUUACAGAUGUGACAGCAGCUGUGUCAGAGCUCAGAGACAAACUACAGGACGUCCUGAGAGACUCAUGGACAAACAUCAAACUGAAAGUCACUAAGGUAGAUGUUUUACUGUCAGAACCAGAGAAAAGAGCUGGAUUCUUCAAAUACUCAAGAGACAUCACUCUGGAUCCAAACACGGCAAACACAUUUCUGUUUUUGUCUCAGGGGAACAGAAAAGUAAAGAAAGUCAAACAACAGUGUUUUUCUGAUCAUCCAGGCAGGUUCACCGAUUGUUCUCAGGUUCUGAGUAGAGAGAGUCUGACUGGACGUUGUUACUGGGAGGUGGAGUGGACUGGGAGAGGAGUUGUUGUAGCAGUUUCAUACAAGAACAUCAGCAGACAAGGAGGACUUGGAUUCAAUGACAAAUCUUGGGCAUUAUAUUGCGAUACAGACAGUUACAUAUUUUAUCAUAACAACAUUAAAACUCCAAUACCAGGUCCAGUUUCCUCCAGAAUAGGAGUGUACCUGGAUCACAGAGCAGGUAUUCUGUCUUUCUACAGCGUCUCUGGAGCCAUGACUCUCCUCCAUAGAGUCCAAACAACAUUCACUCAGCCGCUACAUGCUGGGGUUGGACCUGUCGAGUAUGGAGCCUCUGCUGAAUUUGUUAAACCUAAAUAGUCAGCAGUGAUCUGAGGUCCAGUUGAUUAAAAUGUGUAUCUUAGUUUCUUUCUUUAGAUUUCAUCAUUGUUGGAAUUUUGUCACUGUUCAGAAAACAGCUGUCUUUAUGGAGCUACUUUGUCAUCUUGUUUGUUUUGUUGAUGUUGGAGUUUGUUUGGGUGCUGCAUUUUCCUAUUUCUUUUCAGUCAUGGGGGUUAUCAUUGCUAAGGAUGAAUUUAAU